AAUUCAACUCUAUAAAUUACAUUUCCAACCCCUCCGAUCGCUAGAAUCUACUUCAUCUUUGCUGUUCGUUCCGGUUGCAAAUUAGGGCUUCAAAUUUUACUUCUUCUUUGAGAUCUCAAACAGCUUGAAGAAAUGACAGCCGGCAAGAUUGUUGGUUCUGUUGCUGCAGCAUUUGUGGUUGCAUUCACCUGUGACUACAUUAUCGCUGACAAAAAGAUCUUUGGAGGCACCACUCCUUCUACGGUCUCAAACAAGGAUUGGUGGGAAGAGACCGACAAGAAGUUCCAGGCAUGGCCGCGUACUGCCGGCCCACCGGUGGUGAUGAACCCCAUCAGUCGUCAAAAUUUCAUAGUCAAAUCUCGUGCUGAAUCCUAAACUACAAUCUUCCGAUGGAUUUCAUGUUAUUUUUAUAUUCAAAGAGUAUUCUCUUUUCACAUUAAAACUUGAUCAGGGGAGCAACUUGGUCUGAUAACUAUUUCAUUUGCUUAAUUACCAAUUUUAAAUAAAAAUUCUGUGGUUGCUGAAUUUUCAACAAA